AUGGGCCAUACCGCUGAGCCUUCGAUGGUUAGCUCUCAGGGGAGCUACGCGGCAACGGAUCUUUCCCGAAGGACGGAGAAUACGAGUUACUCUAUUCCAGAGGAUGGACACCCCGUCACCAUACAAACCUCCCGGAAGAAGAAGAAGGACCAUGAGGCGACCAGUGCUGUCAGCACCCCUGGGCAUGGGACGAACGCUUCCGUCCUCAUAGAACUCUUUGAGAGUGGCAAAGCCAGUGCUUCUGGUCGUCGUCCUAGUGUCCGUGUCAAACUCACUCCGGCUGCAAAGAAGCGCCAUAACUUUAAGGCGUCGUCUGACGGUCAAGGGCUACAAAUUUCUGAUGGUGCAUCGAGGCCUGGAAGCAGACAGGAUCGCCGGCCAUCGCAUACUCAACGGGUAUCGCUGUCCCCGCACGUUGGGGAGGAUAGAAUGAUUAUGGGUGAGCCCAAUCACAACCGAUCGCUUUCCGGUGACCAGACAUCAAUCGUUUCUUCGCAAACUUCCGGCGCGGACGAUUCUAAUUUGAGUCACUACCCACUUAACGUCACCGUCAUUCGAGAAGCGGGCAGUCCCCGGUCCACCUACAGCUCUCCUCGUGAGAUGGAGGAAACCGAAGUUUCCUUCCGCACCCGUCGACGGCAUGGUGCGCGGAGCCAUAUUGAGGGCUAUCAGAAGGAUGUGUUGAAAUCGGGGCAAAAAGGAAGGAGUAGAAGUGUCAGUAGGGAAGUUGAUGUGGCUGGAGAGGCAGGGCUGAAAACUGCCAAGUUGGGCCGGAGAAGAAGUCGAAGCUUGAGCAAGGAAAGAUUGUCCAUGUCCAGGGAGGAGAAGCAGAUGAUCGAGAAGGGUGUCAUGGAGGGCCUUGAAAAAUUGCGUCUGCCCAAACAAGGCAAACAACGCAGCCGCAGUGGAAGCAAAGCUGACGCGGAUCUGUUGAAGGCGCCCCGCAUGCGAAGCCGUAGCAGGAGCCGGGAUCGUGAGGUUGACGAGAUUACUUCCGAGAAGCUUCGUCAGAAACGGAAGGCAUCUAUUGAUGCGGAGAGACAGAGGUCCGCUUCGAAUGUCACUAAUCCAGCGCUCCUUGAACUUGUCGAAGACGCCAUCAAGCGCAUGAUCCUACCACAACUUAAUGAACUGAAAAGCGCCCAGAACCAAGCAAAGUUUGAACAAUCCCUCUCACCAACGUCUACGCUCGAUCGACAGGGGAGCACGAAACGACCCGAUAAGACUCGCAGCAUGCCGGAUGUGAAGCCUAUGGUUGUUCUAUCUCCCGAUAUUGACCAGGGGAAUGGGCAAGGUGUGGUCAUUUCUGGCGGCGGCAGGGAGGGCGACAGUCAAGAGGUAAUCGAUCAAUUUAUUGACAAAAUCCUUGUUAUUGCGGGCGGAAACGCUGAUUUACCUUCACAAAAGUCUGAGACGUACUCGAGGGCGCCCGGAUUUGGUGUGAGCCCAUCGGUUCACUCGGCUGAGGAUGGGGAGGGUGUAUCUCUCGUUGGAGCUGUGCCUGCUCAUGGCAAUCACGAGAGGUUGGAGAUGCCGGGUCAUCCGGACCGGCUGGAUACCCCGGGGACGUAUGCGGAGACUAGGGCAUCUAUUCUCUCGGCAAAUUCUGGGCUUCCCUAUCCGAACCAGAAUGGAAUGCCAGCCUCUGGAAACACUCCUCCACUAGCUCCGAAAUCAGAGUUCCCAGUGUUUAGCGAGUUGAACCUUCACUCGAGGGCAUCGAGCAUUGUUUCCGAGCAUACCGGCCUUGGUGACCACCGGUCGAAUGCGAGCAGGCGGUCCCUGGCUAGCAAGAAGAGCAUAAAUGGGCCAAGCAUCGCUAGCUUUGCACCGGUUGGGGAUGAGGAGGAUGACAGGGAUGACAUUAGCUCAGCGUCAUCUGGUUCGAGGCGGAGUAUUGGUUCGCCAACAACCCUGGCGCCUGGAGAUGCGGCUGUAUCGCUCUUAUCUAUGAGUUCAACACAGAGCACUAAGCUAGCUAAACAGAGGAGGAAGGGAAAGGGAAAGGGCGGCGAAAUGUCUGAAAUUAGCGAGGCUGGUGACCAUGAAACUUCUGGAGGGAACCAAGCGGUCAAUGAUUAUUUUGCUCAAGUGCGGGAGAUGGCUCAGUCCAAGGCACUGCAGGAGCCUAUGCGCGAUACUUCUAUCGAAGCUCGGCAUGUCGCGACUUUUACUGGUAACGAUUUUGAUGAUAGCCACAUGGAGAAAUUUGAUGGCCAACAAGUGUUUUCUCUUGGCGCCAAUCCAUCUAUGAGAUCAACCCCAGUAGUCGCUGAUUCCGUUCAACCGUCUGUCCUUGACGCCCCUUCCAACGUUGGCUCUAACCUUUCCUACCGUCAGAGUCCUCUUCCCCCGCUAGCUGCGAGCGCAUUGCCAAAGUUUGAUGAUCCGAUGCCUGAAUAUGGGCAUAUGGCCGAAGAUGAAGAAGUCGAUACCAACCCCUCAAUAAUACAGGGUCCUGGGCAUGAGCCCGAAGAUUGGCGUUUCGACCCGCCGGCUCAGUCGGCCAAUGAGCUUCGUCUUGGCGGCGACCGUGGGAUGGGUGCUGAUGACAACUUACCCACAUCGCUUCGAGUUGGUCAGGGCAUGUCACCAACUUCACCAGCACUUAAAGACGAGGGAUACAUCUCUGCAGCAAAUCCGGGGAUGGCCUCGCCUAGCCCUGUGACGCCUGUCCAAAAUGUGGGUGAUCCGUCUAUGGGGAUGGGGGCGAUACGUGGCAUCGGCUCUGAGGACGACAACUAUUCAUAUCACGGUCACGCAAGGAUGGCAAGCGGGAAUUCUCACGGAAUGCCUUCACCGCUAUAUGACAGUUCGACAGGUAGGGGUAUCGACAGAAUCCAGUCGAGGGACAUCGUCGCUUUGAUGGACCACGUAAGACCUUCUUUCUGAGCUCGGGUGGAUGUUUUUUUUCCUUCUCUCCCGCUAAUCUCUCCCAUAGCUUACCGUUCGCGAUGCGCAACGAAACGCGCGAGACACCGAGAUUUUAGUCACCCUUGUUCGGAGUGCAGCCGAGAUGAGAAACUCUUUUGAAGACAUGAAAAAGACCCUUGAAUCACAACAACAUGCUAUCAUAGAUGGGGUUGACCAGAACACCGAGAGGAGUGUUCAGAAGAUCAUUCAAGGGCCACGGCCGUUACCACCAUCCCUCCCUAGAGCACCUCGAUAUGCCAAGAAUGAUGACGAUGCCGAGGAUGAGGGUCCGGCUAAGAGACGCAAUGUCUUCCGCAGGGCACUCAAGGGGCUUAGCAUGAGAAGCUCCAACGACUUACAGAGGAUCGAAGAGAUGUAAGCUUUCCCAGAAUCCGCAGGGUUCAUCGGUUUCCGCGCUAACCGAGUUGAGCAGGCUACAGACUCUUUUGGGAGAAGUGGAGGGAUUAAAGGGAGGCCAACAACUUUAUCAGCAUAGUUUGCUACAAAGUCAGAGUAUGGGAACCCUUGGCGCCAUGAAGAGUGUAACUGAGGGCCAAGAUACCAACCCAAGUUCUUCAGGUGGGAAUUCGGGAUACUGUAGCGGCGCUCCUUCCAAGCAACCCAGCAGCUCUAGAAUUUACCAAGACGAGCGACCACACCAAUCCACCCGCAUUUCCCCGAUAGAGGAAGAUACUGCUCUUCGAACUCCGCCACGGUCAAGAGGAGGCUCCGUUCCUCUCGAGACACCUCCCGAUGUUAGAGUCCCGCCAACGGCUUUCAGCAAUGAGAACACUCCAACCAAGUCCGAGAAGCACCAAAAACGCGAAUCCAAUUCCUCCUCGCUAAAUCCCAAGAAUAAAUCUAGGUGGUCAGAGACUACCGCCUCUUCGGGAUUUAGAGGAAUCCUCGGGCGCGCUGGUCGUGGUGAAUCUAGGUCUGAUGUUGAUCUUUAUGACCCUUCUAUCCCCAAGGACAUUCAACAGGGAUCAGCAUACUCGGAGGAACCAGCAGAGAGGGCGCACUCUCCUCAUCCUCCACCCUCAUCUAGAGAUACUGAUGCACCGAUAAAUCACUCUAAUCGCAGGUCUCUUGAGGUGCACCAUCCUCAACCUCGCAUCCCGUACAACCACCAGUUGGAAGCGCAGGCGCAGCAGCUCUUGGCCAACGGGGUCCUUCCUAAUUCGCCCGGCAUGAAUAAUGCGUCUACCUCGAGUCUUGCGACCUUGCCACCUUUGGGCCCUGGUGGAUUUUCCAAUGGAAAGUUGAUGUCUCCUCUGGCUCAAGAUGCCUAUGACCAGCACCGUCAGCAGCUCCAGCAGCAGCAGCAGUCGCCUAAGGGACCAGCCAUCCCACCUAAGCUUAAGGAGGACCCCAUUACACCUGCUCCCACGGGUGACGAUCCUUCCAUCACUUCUCGAUCUGAUAGGAAGAAGAAGCACCGGGAGAGAGACGAGAAUGGAAAGAAGCCCAAGAGGACUGAGGAGGAGAAGGCGGCACGCCGGGAGAGGAAGGAGAGAAGGGCACGUGAGAGAGAAGCGGCGGGGCUUGAUUCUGUUUCGUCCGCCUCCAGGAAAAAGUCGCGGGAUCAGCUGUCCCCCGAUGGUGCUGCUGGGCGUCACGGAGUAAGUUCCCUUGAGGAAUUCGGAUUUUCACAGCACUAAUACUUGUUUGUUUCUAUAGGAUCUUGUUUCCCCCCUUUCCGCCAGAUCGCCUUCCAUUCAGUCCAGGUUGAAUGGACCUCGUCCAUUGUCGAGCAAUAGCAACAAGGAGAACACCCGAAGACAUAGACAUCAAGGUUCACAGGGCACCGUUGGUAAGAUUCCACCUGCAAUUGUUUCCUCGUCAAGCAAUCAAAAGGCUGACCGUGCACAAUAG